UUAAUUUCAUCUCCCAUUACGCAAAGAUGACAACGCUGCAAACGGCUGUCAGAAUGGUUAAAGAAUUUCUUGGUCGCCAAGUUACGUUGUUGGACGUUGUGAGCCAGUACUUGUUUGUUAGGUCCUGUUAACGCCCACUUUAGGUAUUGCUCAUUUUGCGGAGGGGCUGCCCCAUUCAUAGGGCUUGUAGGCAGGCAGGCAGGCAGGCAAAGCGCAGGAGCGGCUAAAAAAAUCCAUCAGCGACGAGUGUGUGAGCCAAAUGAUGGUCUCUCACUGAAAAUAGCAGGCCGGUGUAAACUGCGCUAUCAUUGUGAGCCGUGUCGACAUCGGACCCACUCUCUGCCUAAACCGAAGCUGUCCUCAGGAACGGGAUUUAAAUGUCUUGACUGAAUACUUGGAGGUCCGCUCCCCGUGUUUUAGACCUGCCGCGGAAAUAGACUUCCUUGUUGCCUCUGGUUCCUCACCGCUGCCGCAGACCGGUCAUUCUAUUUGGCUCAUUUAAACCCAGCCUGUCCGUGGACCACUUGGCUCUGGCAUCUGGACACAUCGGAUCUGGUCUAUCGUCGUUGUUUCAACGCAAAACGUGCCUGUGUGUGCUUUUGCUGCCUGUAUAAUGCCGACACAUUUGCGGUUCCGGAGAAGGUCAUUCCUUGGGCUUUUAUUCCUUUUUUCAUUGUCCACCUCCGCAUUGUACUUCAUUUACUCCGCCCCAGGAAUCGUGAAUGAGUAUGUGUUCAUGGUCCAAGCCAGAGGGAUCCAGAUCAGAGAGAACGUGAAGAACAUUGGGGCUCAGGUUCUUGAGCAGGUGGUGAGAGGGGCUUACAGCAUCAAUGGCACAGAUUAUUCAUACGACUUCAACAUGAGCGAGAGCGAUGCUCCUCCCACCACAUACCUCCCUGAGGACUUCACCUACCUCCCCUCCCAGGUUUGCCCCGAGAGGCUGCCUUCCAUGAAGGGCAGGCUGGAGGUGAAUAUGAGCGAGGUUUCUCUGGAGGAGAUGGAGAGAUCCUUGCUGGAGAGAGAGCCCAGCAUGGCCCCUGGAGGCUACUGGAAGCCCAAAGACUGUUUACCUCGUUGGAAGGUGGCAAUCCUAGUCCCGUUCAGGAACCGACAUGAACAUUUACCCAUCCUCCUAAGACAUCUGGUACCAGUGCUGCAGAAACAGAGACUCCAGUUUGCCUUUUAUGUCAUAGAGCAGGGAGGCACAGAGCCAUUCAACAGAGCCAUGCUGUUCAAUGUGGGCUACAAGGAGGCCAUGAAGGACCUGGACUGGGACUGUCUCCUCUUCCACGACGUGGACCACCUCAUGGAGAACGACAGAAACUACUAUGGCUGCACAGACAUGCCUCGACACUUUGCGGUCAAACUCGACAAGUACUCCUACAUCCUUCCAUAUAAUGAGUUCUUCGGUGGUGUCAGUGGCCUGACGGUGAAGCAGUUCAAAAAGAUUAAUGGAUUUCCUAAUGCUUUCUGGGGCUGGGGAGGAGAGGACGAUGACCUCUGGAACAGGGUGCAGUACGCCAACUACUCAGUAAGUAGACCGCACGGAGAUCAGGGACGCUACAUGUCGAUCCCACAUCACCACCGCGGGGAGGUCCAGUUUCUCGGAAGGUAUAGUUUGCUACGCCACUCAAAGGAGAGACAAAAAGUGGAUGGUCUAAACAACCUCAACUACUCCCCCCUAGUGUCCAGGAGGCCUCUCUACACCAACAUCACAGUCAGUUUGAGCAGAAAGCUUGCACCCGUAGCUGACUACUGAUGUGGGCACAGCUGGACUGCAAAAACAUCUGGGAAUCAAAGUCCUCUGGGACAUCAGCCAUAUCUCACCAGUUGCAGCACUGCUUAGGACUUUUAAGUUGGUUGAUAUUUUUUUUUUGCUUUGUUUGUUUUGUUUGUAUGCAAAGAAAGGAGACUCAGAAAUAAGUAUGUUGGAUGAAACAUAAACAGAAUUAAGGAUAAAUGCUGCACUUGCUUGUGCCACAGUCCAUCACUCUUCUCAUCUGGGCUUCUGUAGUCUGCAGUCUCCACAUGCCUUUUGCACCAUUUUGGCCUUCAGCAUUCAUCCAUUCAUUCAUUCAUUUCCUUAUCCAACCCUUCACUAGUGUGCUUGUUUAUGAAAAUAAGCCAUGAUUCACAUGCACAUUAGCGCACACACACAUACACAUGCGCACACACAUUAGCUAUACGUACAUGUGCUGACACGGUCCCCGAGGCUUUGAUUUUUUUUUUUUACUUUACUCUUGCACAUCUUCUUUUAGAAAAAUGCAGUAAGCCUGUGAAAACAUUUUUGCAUGCACACACACGACCACACUUCAACUUAAACCGAGCGGACUCUUGCAGCUGGUUCUGCAGAAGGUAUGCCAAAUCUACAAGUGAAGAGAGUGAGAGAAAAUGCUAUUAAAAAAAAAGAGUGCUUGUUUUCAGUUCUGUAUACUGUAUGUGAAAUCCUAAGUUUAGAGAAUAUUAAUACCUUAAUCAUCUCUGACCAACUAUGUUUUGUCCUGUGAACAUACCAUUUAAAGACUGUGAUGUUUGUGUUGCGUAGUUGCAUUUAACGUUCUGGCUGCCUGCAAGUGGCUGUAUGUUGGAGAGCGACGCUCAUCCUGUUAGCAAUAAGCUGUAAUAUCCGACAGCAGAACUUAGACCUGACUUCCUCACUCCACAGAUGCAAUAGCAUGGGUGCUAGCAUACCCUCAUUGGACUAGAGAGACGGAGUGACUGCGUAUGCAAACCUCACACUCAUCACACCUUUGCCUAAGCAAACAUACCACCCAUUCGGAACCUGUGUGUGUGUCUACGUGCCCGUCUGUGUGUAUACAAGUGAGGGAGAGCUAUGCAAAUGGCCUGUAUGUAUCCUGUUGUCAGUGCAAAGGUCUUAAGGGUGACCUCCCAGACACUUUACCCCUGAAACUGUGACAGACUGACUUUCGAACCUCACUUUGUGUGUGGUGUGUGAGUCCAGACCAGGGAGAGAAAAAAAAACCAUUGCCGUUUUACUUUUAGAUCCCACAUCCUCAAUAUUUACUCACCUUCAUUUUUACGAUAGAGGAAGCAGAGGAAGAGAAUACUUGAUUGCCGUCACUGUCACUGGUGUUUACAGAAGCUUUUGCUUUGUUAUUUUUCAGAUUGUCUAGUGUUUGCAAUAUAGCUAGCCAGCCCUGCUCCACUGUGGGUGCUGGGUAAACUGUAUCUCUACAACCAAUAUAUGGCUGCCUUUAUUUUUUUAAAAGACUCUUCUUUAUCUAGAUGUGGAUAGGGAAAAGCAGAGCUGAAUGCGCAUUGAAGCAACUUGUGAGUAACCCUUGAUUAGCUUUGUUAGCUUGUGGCUUGACAAUUUGCUCAAAUGAAUCAAACUUUGAAGUGUUUAGGUCUUAGCAGACGGUGUGUAGGGUGGCGUGCAGGCAAACAUUGUGCACUGACACAGACUGAGAGCACUCUAACAGAACAUACAAGUUGCUAGGAACCCCCUCCUCUGAUAUUUGUGCUUGACAGUGUUGAUUCUGAGUAAAAAAAAAAAAAUCCCAAUACUGUAAAUGUAAUUCCUUUGUAGAAAAAAAACAACAUACAGACACUUUCUCCUCACUGUCUGUCCUCUGGUCAUGCAGCUACUUCAUUUCACACAGAUCGCCUUGUAUGCAUUUCUUAAGAUGUAUGUUUUGGGGGAUUACAUGGGUGGUUGACAAACUGUUGUGUUCCCACUAUGAAAUAAGAAGUAUAGAGGCUGGACCUCGUUUUAUUUAUUUGAUCUUUUAUGGAUUAUUUUCUGUAAUUGUUCAGUUUUUAUUUUUCUUGCGGUUGAUGUGAUGAUUUAGUAGAUGACAUAUGACAGACUGUGUUAGAUGCACUGAAACUUGUAGUUGUGUGUAUUUCUGUGGGGCUGUGGGGUUCAGGUCUGUGUAAACGGGGUGCUGUUUCAUUUCAUUUCGACACAGACUAAUGAUGAAAUGGAACAGGACCGCUAAACUGGUGUGUGUAAAUCUGCUGAACAGACAUCGGAGGAGGCCAUUUUGUGUGACAACCACAGGAAGAGCAAGACGCCUAUCAGAAAACGCUAGCGGCCCCAGUCUUUCACUGAGCACCUCCUUUUAAUACUAAUUGAUAAUCAAUGGUGCUGACCUUCCAGAGCUCCCUUUAAGGGGUUCUCUCUCUCUCUCACUGGAACCAACUCCUACACCAUAAAGGCUAGAAUCAACAGUCAAAACAUUCCUCAAACUUGUAUGGCUCUUUCAUGUCAUUCCAACCUGUAGUGAUUGUUUUUACGUCCUUGCCAGGCUAUCCUGGCGCCUUUUCAUUCUACCAGGUGAAGCUGAUUUGUGUAUUUAUUUUCCUGCUUCAUCCUCACACACAGUAGCACGUGUUUACCUCUUAGCCAGGCACUCAGGAGGUUCCCAGUGAAAGUCGCGGACAGUAGCGGCAUACGUGUUAAGUUUUCUUUUCCAUGUGUGUUUGAGUGAAAUGGCUUAACCUUUCAUAGGUUUGAUUGUCCUCCAUGUAGAGUUUUUUUGUUUGUUUGUUUGUAUUCAUUCUGUUUUACAGCACUGAUAAGAUUCAUACCUAGGACCUGGUUGUGAACAACUCACAGGUCCAUGUCUUGGACUUGAUACAUACAUGCUACGCUGUACAUUAUCUUUUUUUUUGUUGCGUUGCUUUGAAUUAAAAGCUAGAUGGACACAUAGGAAAAGCCAAUUGAUGAUGUAAGCAACCUUUCAAAAGAAAUAGGCCCUUUUAAAGACCUUUGAGUCCAUUUGUAAGGGAUCUAAACUCCACAUUGUAGAAUGAGUAGCUCCAUCGGCUAACACCAUAAAAAAUCAGAUGUGUUUUUUUGUGACUACACGACAGCUCUGAGCACUAGAUGGCUGAAAACAGGGGCUAGUAUCAGUCAGUGCUUUUCUGCUUUUUAUCCAGAACAGGAAAUGUUAGUUUUCUGUUAAGAGCAUGCUGACAGUCUGUUCCUGUUCUAUUUACUGUAAAAGGUCUCAAUCAAGACCAAAACCAGGCCUGCUGCUCACCCCAAGAGGUUUCAUCCUCUCAUAAUCUCACCUACUCUGAUCCAUUCUGUGCCAGUUUGAAUGAAGGGACCAUUCUUUGGCCGUCUGACAAAACCGGCAGCCUUAAAGCUUCUUAAUUUAUUGCAGUGUUUUUUUUUUUCCACACAAGUUUUUAUUUUUUUUAUAAGCGGAAAAAUAUUUAAAUCGAAAAAAGUGCAUAUCAAGAAAAUGAUCAUUGUAAAUAUUGUUGUGUGUAGUGUUUUAGAAGUUCUAUAGGGUCUUAAAUCACUACAGAAGCUAGCAUAAAGAACAAGGCUUUUUGGAGGGAUUUGGCUGAGGAUGUUAUCGGGUGCCAUUUAAGUGCUAGUGAAGCUUACACAGAGACAUCAACGUUUUUACAUCACCCUGCACAGCCUUCCUUUUUUUCUUGAAAUAAAGAUAUCCCAUGAAUUUUUAACUUCCUCUUACGGUCCCUGAGGUGUUCUGCUCUCCUGAGACCUCCUUGUACCAUGCAUGUUGUAGCCACCGAAGAGACAUAUUACAGCAGACGUGGGCAUCAGUUCUCACAUGUGCGAUCAGUGUCCUUGUUUCUGCCUGUGAUGUCUCUUUGAUAGCGACAGCAGCGUGGGGUAAGGCACAGGUCAGAGGGAAGCACUGCAGGAUAGCGAGUGUCAGCCAAAAACACCAUAUGCUUACAAUGCAACCAAACACAGGCACCCAAAAACCAGCCACACAAUCCACUCUAAAAUCUACACUGAUUAAUUUUUUUGUAUGAAAGCUAACUAUUAAUAAAAAAAAAUAAACAAAAAGAAAACAGAUUGCUAAAUUUAAGAUAUAUCUUCUCUGAUUGUAAGGAGAGAAACUCUCCUUGAAUUGAAGCCAUUUGAAGCCACUUGUCGAAACUUGAUGUCAGCCUUAUGUGAAUCCGUUUGUGUAUCGGCAUAUUAUCUUUUGAUUAUUGAAAUUUGUAUGAUGGAGAUUUUUCUUUUAUACCAUCAUUGUUAUUGUCAAAGUACACCAAUAAAAUGAGACUUGUAAAGAUA